AUGGAUACAGAAUAUAAAUCAGGAUAUUUAUAUAGAUUAGGAGGUAUUGGUAUCUUCAAAUACAGGAAGAAGUUAUGGUUCACACUGACCAGUACACAUCUAUCAUGUUAUGUCUCAUCAGAGAAGAAAUCAACACCAGUAGAAUCAAUCACAUUGAAUAGUAUAAAGAAGAUUACAUUGUUACAGAAGGAUGCCGAGUCCAUUCAAACAACUUAUGGCUUCUGCAUUGAGUAUGUGAGUGGAGGCAGUGGCAGUGGCCAGUCCGCUGGAAGUUUGCCAAACAAACUUGUGAUCCAGGCAAAUCCCAUCAGCACAUUGGCCGACUGGGUGAUCAAGUUGGACGGUUUGACACAUCGCGACUUCAACUCAUACCUGGACCAGGCAGAGCGCAAGCUUCUACUCAAGAUCCUGUUCAAGAACAAUAUACAGGGCGGCAUCAUCAAGUCCAACGGCGACGAGGAGUGGUCCUACAGCCCCAUCGGCACUCUGUCCACAAUCGAGGGCACGUACAGUGGCGCACAGAUCGACUACCACUGGGACGGCGAAUGGCUACGCAGCUCAACCAAUGAGCUGGGCGCUGGCCGCUUCAACGGCGUGUACCUGGCUUGGUAUCUGGCGGGCGUUGACCCUAAGGCCCCACACGCCACCACAGCCACACCAGACAUUGUCUACUUCUGGGAUGAGCGCGAGAAGGAGUACCAGACCGAUCAGGGCAAGGAGCUGACGUUCAAGUGGACGCGUCAUUUCCUCGCAUCCAAGUUUGGCCGCGGCGAGUGGAUCGUCGAAGGCCACGUUCCCCAGGCGGUGGUAAUGUUCCUGCAGCUGAUCAAAUACAGACGCACCGUGGACGAGGAGAGUGAUUGUGUAAACCCUUUCGCUGGCAAGCUGGCCAACGCGUUGGCCAGUGUAGGCGGCGAGGCGGCUGUGCUGCCUCUUGCAAGUGUGAUCAAGAACAAGGAGGAGACGGCUGUCGAGAGCGCAGCCCAUGGUCUGGAGCUUGCCAACGUUGCCACCAUAUUCACCAAGGGUCAAGCCACACUGGACGACUGUCACGCGACUGUUGACGUAUUCCCAAUGGAUGCUGUCAUCCGCACUCCAAGCGAGAUUGAGAAGGAGUUUGCAGACCUGAUAUCAUCUUGCACCAGCUCACACAUAUCGGACGAGGAGGCUGCCUCGUUGUCCAAGGACGACGAAUCACCUGACGAACGCUACAUUGCGACAUCAUCAUCUUCCAACACAACGACGCCAGAGUCAUCCGAGUCACCACCAUCGACCAUCUGUCGCACAGACACUCUGCGACUGCUCAAUGACACCAUCCUUCAAUCACGUCAACUCCAAAGCAGGAUGUCCAUCAUGAACAUGGAGUACUUUAGUCGUCACACACCCGUCGCCACAUUGGUAACAGUAGCGUCCCUGGCCAAGGACAAGGAGGCAGACAACGCAGCGACCAAGCCAACCUCGCCCAGAGAGCCAGUAGCGCCAUCACAGACACAGACACAGACACAGACACAUACACCAAAGAGACAUCCAACCAUCAGGGAUAGCUUCGCUAUGUUUUGUGAUGCGCUGUCGACUCCAGAACCACAGCCACUACAGAAGAAUAUAUUGGAGGAGAUAUUGUCGCCACAGCCCAUAUUCCCAAGCACGCCACUGGGCUCUGUGAUUGGACCAUCCAACCCCGAGCACCAACCUAGCAGCAGUAGCAACAAUAACAACAACGCAGACACAAUCGCAGCAGCCGAGCUUAUUGCCACCCAGCUGAGGCAGUCAUUCUGUCUGGCGUGCAAUCUGCCCAUCAGCGGACAAAAGGUGUUGGCACUGGGCAACAGUUUCCACAAGGACUGCUUCAAAUGCCACAAGUGUCACAGGGAGUUGUGCACCAAGACCUUCUACCGCCAGGGCCUCAUCAACGAUGAGUCGCCAGAGGACAGCAACACCUCAACACGUUCAUCACGCUCCGCUUCAAUUUUUGAUCUUCACUCGAGUUCAGAGUCACGCUCAUCGUCCACACCUCAGACCCUGCCUCAACAGCAACAUAGUGGCACGCCCAAAUACCUUUGUGAGAACUGUUUCAAUGACACCUGUCCAGUGUGUCCCAAGUGCAACGCCAAUGUUAUGUUCCGAUGUGUUAGCGCACUCGGCAAGAAAUGGCACACCGAUCACUUUUGUUGCGUCAAAUGCUCAGCCAACCUGGUCGGAAUGCCAUUCUUUGAUCACGAAGGACAACUAUUGUGCCAAGUUGACUAUGAUAGGAUUAUAGGCAACAUCAAUAGCAGCAGCAGCAAUAUAUCUACCACAUCAACAACAUCAACAUCAACUACAUCAACAUCAACUACAUCAACAACCAAUACCAACAUCACCAAUGACAUCAACAUCAACAACAUAUUGCACCUGUUGGAGGAAGCUUCUGGCUUCCAGGCAUACUAA